ACAAUCUAUCAAGCUUCACCAUACUAUUACUUCUACAACAUGGCUGCUCUAAGAUUUGUGAGAUCAGUUCUGAAGUCUUUUCAAGAAUCAUCAGGACUUGAGCCGAGACUCUUUGGUGAAAAUCUUCGGGUCACAGGAGCCGAGCCAGGACGUGUAAACUUUGAGCUCGAUAUCAAGAAGGAGCAUACAAAUCGUUUGAAUAUUAUUCAUGGAGGCACAAUUGCCAGUAUGGUAGACCUAGGUGGCUCACUGGCUGUUGCCUCGAGAGGUCUUUAUGCCACGGGCGUUUCUACUGAUUUGAAUGUUACAUACCUUAGCUCCGGCGGUAAGGUUGGAGAUGUGCUGAAAGCGGUGGUGACUUGCGAUAAAUUUGGAAAGACCUUGGCGUAUACUUCCAUUCAGUUUACGAAUAGCAAGGGCGAAGUAGCAGCACGUGGAAGCCACACAAAAUAUGUUGCGCUCGCGUGGAAAGAACCCAAAAACAUAGUUGAGGAACUGUCACCUCGUCCUUAAAAUGCCCACGUGCUUCAGCCUUGUGUGUACGACGUGACCCAUCAAUCCUAGCGUUCAAGACCAUCUCGGGGUCAUGUCUAAGCAAUUUUGGCAAAUGUUGUCCACAGGCAGAAUAUAUCUGACUUUGACCCGAGCAUUCGGUUCCAAAAAAAAAUGGUUUAGAUCACUAGAUAUAGUAGGACAUCGGGUAUUUGUAUAUAACAAUGGCUUUUUCCAGCUUCUCGGUGUAUGCAGUUCUUUGAUAGAUAAUUCGUUGUUCCUGCUAAGUUGUUUGGUUGCUAAGUGAAUUUACUGUGAUCGAUUGGCCA